AUGGUCUCUAUAUCAAAAGCUGACUAUCUGAAAAAGUAUCUAUCCGGAGGUGGGGAUGACGACAGAAAAAAGAAGAAGAAAAAAAAGGAAAAAGAGCAGACGUCGAAACAAUCAGGAAUGAAAAUUGUGGACGAUGAAGCUUUCAUAACGGUCAGAACGGAGGCCCGCUCUGAUUCUGAAGAUGAGGAAGAAUUACAAAUGAUUGAAGAGUUAAAGAGAAAGGCACGCAAAGGGCCACGGUUCAAGAAAACCUUUUUAAGCGCAGACGAUGAUGAAGUAGUUGAAGUGAAGCAAGAACCAUUAUCAGACGAAGAAGGAGCUGUAUCAUUUCAAAUCAGGCCUAAAGAAUCACAUGAUCCUAAAGUUAAACAAGAAGUUGAUUCUGACGCUUCUCCACAACGUAAGAGGGAGAGACACGAUUCAGACAAAUCUCCUAGAAGACGGCAUGAUUCUGAUGAUAACUCGCCACCAAGAAGACGAGCCAGGCAUGAUUCUGAUAAUGAUUCUCCACCAAGAAGACGAGUUCGACAUGAUUCUGACGAAAAAUCCCCUCCGCGCAGACGAGCACGACAUGAUUCAGACGCUUCUCCUCCCCGACGAAAUCAAGAUCGAUCUCCUGCGCGGCGUCGGAGGCAUGAUUCCGAAGAUGCAUCUCCCCCUCGAAGAAGAAGAGAACGACAUGAUUCAGAUAAUUCACCUCCAAGAAGAAAUCGUUCUCCAGCGAGACGAACACAGCGCGAUUCCGAAAAAUCGUCUUCCCGAAGGAGAAAGGAACGCUAUGACUCAGAUCAAUCACCUCCUCGUCGAGCUGAUAAUAAAUCGCCAAGAAGAAAGAGACAUGACUCGGAUAAUUCACCACCUCGCAGACGUAGAGAUAAUGCUAAAGAUAGUUCUCCUGAUCGUAAGAAAAAGCGCUACGACUCUGAUGAGUCACCUCCAAGACGCUCUGCUGCUGAUAUUAAGAAAUCACCUCCUAGUUCUCCCCGAAGAAGAAGGAUUGCUUCCCCAGAAAUAGGAGGGCGUCAAAAAACACUAGAUGGCAAAAUUGCUGGGUUGCAAAGUGGCAAAGACCUCAAAAUUGAGUCUGAAAAAUUGAAAAGAAAGGAAGAAGAUCUUUUUGAGUUUAUGGAUCCCGAUGUGAGUGGUAGAAAUGCUGCCACCGUUCAUCGUCAAAAACAAGUUGGAAAAAGAAAAACUGAUGCAGAAGAUCAAGAGAAGAAGGAGAGAGAAUCAAAAAAGCAAGAAGAACUUCAAGAAAAGUACAGUAGUUGGAACAAAGGAGUUUAUCAAAUAGAAGAGAGAAAAGCCAAGCUGGAAGAGUUAGCUAGAGUUGUUCAAGAACCUUUGACACGAACUGCUGAUGAUGUUGCCAUGAAUGCUCAUUUGAAACACCAGCUUUAUGAAGAGGAUCCUCUCCAUAAACUCAUAGCUAAAAACAGAAGACAUAAAGCUAUUGAUAGAGGUGAAACAGUUUAUCCCACUUACGAUAAACCUUUCCCGCCCAACAGAUUCGGUAUUCGUCCAGGCUAUAGAUGGGACGGUGUUGAUAGAUCUAAUCAGUUUGAAGCCAAGCUAUAUAUAUCUAAGAACCAAAAGCAAUCGGACAACACUUCAUAUAUUCAGAAUCUAGGAUUGUAUGAUUAA